UUAGCAGAUAAAUGUCACAUAAUGAAACAUUAACCCAAGAACCAACAUGGAGAAGUUUGGGGACAUGUAAGCUUGCUCCUAGUCUGGGGUUAGAUGGAGAUGCCGCAAAGUGGCUCAAGCUGUGAUUACAGUGGGCUACAUUUGCGUCGAGGGAGGUCUGCAGGCCAGAUGUUUGGAAUGGUUUUUCUUACUCGUCCCCCUCUUUUCCUGGUUCAUCAUACAUCAAACUUCUGAUUGGAGACCGUAUUUAAUGUCUCCCGCGUUCGAAAAAAAAUACUUAAGUAGCCCAGCAGGUAGUGUGAGUUAUAGGACAAGUAAGAGCUUAUUAUUGCUUCUUUCUGCAUCCAAGCUUUGUUGUGCGCGUGCGCGUGCGUCCUCUGCUAUAAAGAAUGGUGAUAACAGUUUUGUUUAUUGCGCCUAAUCUAAAUUAGUAUCUAAAUAUAUUGAGAGAUUAUCAUAUUAUGGCACGUUUUAGCAAAUUAUGAUUCAUUACAUAGUUAAAAUAAUAUAAAAUAAGCGUAUGCUUGUAGAAGGAUUGGUGUAAAAAGAGAAGGAAAUGUACAAAAAUAUCCUUAGUCACUGCACAUUUUGAGAGCGCGUCUGCAGAAAGGAGGAGGAGAUGCGGUUAGGGAGUAGGCUAAUCCAACCACCGGGUAAAAAGGGCAGUUUUAGAUGGCUCAUAUUCCGCUGUAACUGUAUUGCACCGUGACACCAGCUUUGAGCAGCAGCGGCGGAGCACCAAACCGGGCGCACCCACAGCAUCUGUACCAACACAUGACUGCUGCAGGGUCACUUCAGCUUUCUGCAAGACUGGAUGUGGAAGCAAGCGCGCGGCCAGUGGGAAAAUACUCUCUCAGCUGCACACAUUUUUACAGGGAAUCGAUUCUGUGAUGACCGUGAGAUUCCACAAGUAAUAUGCGCAACACUGUGGAUUGCCCUGUUUUUUUUCUCUUCCUUUCUCCUUUCUGCCCAGUUGUGUUUCCUUAUUCAUUGUGCGCCCUAUGAAGAGCAUUAACUAUCCCUCCCUCCAAUCCUAUUGAAAAGGCUCCGAAAAAAACAGAGGGAGAUGAGAGCAGCAAAUCCCUUUUUUAUUCCCCUCGUAGCGCUCAAUAAGAGAAGAAUGUGUUGCCUAUCAGUCACCGAGGGGAUCAAGUCUUCGGGACUGUCCCACGCGUUCAAUGCGCCGUGCAGAGCAUCACUGAGAGAGACAGAGUGAAGAGGACUGCAGCAGCAGUAGCAUCCUGCCUGGACACUUCACAUCAUUUAGCAACCUGUCUCCACUCAAGAUCCAUUUAAGUCAAUUAAGGGCUGCCUGCUUCUCUCACCUUUCAAGCCCUCUCACUGGACUGUGGCCUGACACGAUGAGGAGUCUGGCGCUGCUGUUAGGGGUGAAAGCCGCUUGCAUCCUGCUGGUGUCUUCGCUCUCAGGCACAGGGGCCGUCAACAACAGCGGCCGGUGGUGGGGUAUUGUCAAUGUGGCCUCCUCAUCCAACCUCCUCACCAAUUCCAAGAACGUGCAGUUGGUCCUGGACCCAAGCCUGGCCCUACUGAGUCGUCGCCAGCGCCGGCUGAUUCGGCAGAAUCCUGGCAUCUUGCAUGCCAUUGCCGCUGGGCUGCACACUGCCAUAAAGGAGUGCAAGUGGCAGUUCCGCAACCGGCGCUGGAACUGUCCGACCACCCACAGCCCAGCAAUUUUUGGCAAAAUUGUCAAUCGUGGUUGCCGAGAGACAGCAUUUGUAUUUGCCAUUACCAGCGCAGGGGUGACCCAUGCUGUGGCUCGCUCAUGCUCAGAAGGGGCUAUUGAGUCGUGCACAUGCGAUUACCGCCGCCGAGGUCCUGGAGGGCCAGACUGGCACUGGGGGGGCUGCAGCGACAAUGUGGACUUUGGCCGGGUGUUCAGCCAGGAGUUUGUGGACUCCAGCGAGAGGGGCAGAGAUCUGCGCUACCUUACCAACCUACACAAUAACGAAGCCGGCAGAAUGACUGUGUCAUCAGAGAUGCGUCAGGAGUGUAAGUGCCAUGGCAUGUCAGGCUCCUGCACUGUACGUACUUGUUGGAUGCGCUUGCCCAGCUUCCGCACAGUAGGAGACUUUCUUAAGGACCGGUUUGACGGAGCGUCCAGAGUUGUUUAUGCCAACAAGGGAAGCAACCGUGCCUCUCACCGAGCUGACCCCCGCCAUCUGGAACCUGAAAACCCGGCUCACAAACCCCCCUCUGCCAUGGACCUGGUCUAUUUCGAGAAAUCACCAAACUUCUGCUCCUAUAAUGGCAAAACUGGCACUUUGGGAACCUCUGGGAGAACAUGCAACAGCUCCUCUCCAGGCCUCGAUGGAUGUGAGCUACUAUGCUGUGGACGUGGGUUUAAGACCCGGACUGAGACUGUGACUGAACGUUGCCACUGCACCUUCCACUGGUGCUGCCAUGUCAGCUGCUUGAACUGCACCAGUACACGAACGUUACACCAGUGUCUAUGAUCACAGGUGGAAAACUAAGUGAAUAUUUAGGCAUAUAUAAAAAGGAAAAGAAGAACUUCUUAGCAAAACAGGUAGUUGGCUGAGAAAGCGACUAGCAGGCAGGUGGUUUGAGAUGUUAGGUAGAAGCUAGAGAUGCUUCAAGGCGGGUAAACUGAUACAGGGAACACUGUGGCACAAAAAUUCAAUCAGUGUUUUUCACAGUGGGAGAUGGAGAAAAGCACAAAUACAUGAACAGGUCUUAGAAGGAGUAUAUGUGCUUGCUCCUUGUCUUGAUGCUUAACAGUAUUAUGAGGGUAUUUAAACACUACAACCAUCCAUGUAGAAUGGAAAUCAUCCACAUCCCUCAAGUGUUUACACUGUGGAGAAACAGAAAUAGAAGUAAGAGGACAAAAUGAUGUGGAGAAUUCGUUGCCGUAACCAGGUACUACUAGAAACCUCUUCUCCCCCAUUGAGGGCAGAAAGUGGACACAAUGUUUCACAGAUGUUUCUGUGGCCAGAGAGCCACAAGCAUGUUCUCUCAUAAACUGGUGAAGACCUCCGACAAGAGGGAAGUUAUUUUAAAAAAAUCUCUGCUUUGUUUUCUUUUGCUGAAGUUUGGCUUCUUUCACAUGAAACUGUGUGAAGUUUAUCUCCGGGGAAGGGCUGUCUGUUCCCAACUUGUGUACUUAGGCCCUGGAUGCAGCCCAGCCACUUAUAUUUUCCUCACCGCAUCUGCCCUUUUUAUUUAGAUUUCUCUGGAGUUGAAAACACCUCAACUCUGAUUUGCCACUCUGACUUACCACAGGAUGGUCCUGAUGUUACAUGACUGGGACCAGUGCUCGCCAAGGAAAAUAGAAACUGACUGAACAAAAUUUUACUGAGGCAAAGUAAUUUGAAUGUAUUAUCAAUACACUGAAUAUUGUGGCAUGACUAUAUGUAGUUUGGCAAAUAUGAGGGGUCAAUAUUAAAAAAAAGAAUUAAAUGUGACCUGGAUAAUCUCACCAUGCUCUCACAAUGAAAACGAAUACCAUUCUUAGAGGUACAUGGAUGUAACAAAAAUACACUAAAUUCUUUGUUAAGAAAUUAGUGGAGCAUUAAAGUGGUCCAGGUUUAAAAUAGGUAAAUGUCAGGCAAGGCUGUAAAAAGAAGCUAAGUCUCAGAUGAAACAUUUUAUUUUGAAGGAGCCUCUGCAGAAGAAAUUAUACUGUAUAUCAGCUAAGAGAACCAAAAUACUGUAAAUAUUAAAGUAUAUGAAUAUAUUUAUAAUGACAUCUCUUGUAAGUUUGCUGAAUGAUUCAUGCACAUGUCAGUGGCUGGAUAUGCUAUCAUUAGUGUCAAGUCAGGAGAUGCUUUGAUCUUAUGCCUUUUUCUAUUUUGGUGUAAUGUAGCUGACAAAAAAAACGACUCUCACUAGAAACAGAACAUUAUCACUUCUUUGCUUGUUUCCUGUAAAAACACUUGUGUUUGGUCAUGCACUGAAUAUUUACCUUUUUUUUAUUACUGUAAAUACGAAAUAUUUAUUUCUUGGGAUUUUUUUAUACUGUUAUAGAGAGAUGUAAGAGAAGACGUUUUUAGAUUUUAAUCAAAAGAUUUAGGUUCCAGUUGGUUUUGUAUUGUAUGAUAGAACAAUAAAGUCUAUAUUUUCAAUUAAGUUGCCCUCCUGAAUGUAUCAAAAGAUGCUAUUAUGCCUGUUGUGGUUUCUGUGUUUGAGAUAGUUUUGACAACCAACCAAGUGAACAUAUAAGCCUGUCCCUGGGUGUCCUUUGCUUAAUCCUAUUACCAUCACCAAAGCAGCCUCUUUCCUCAGCUCACAAAACAUCCCUGCAUCGGUGCUCCCAACCACAGAGACGGCCCCAGCUUAUCCAGCCACAUACCUUAUUUUAUACAGGAUUUUACUGUAUUGAAUGUUUUGCUUCAUUUGUUUAAUGUCGGAAAGAAAUAAAGAAAUAAUAUGAAAAAUAAUGAAAACUUAGAGUCUCCCCCAACCCCUGGCAACCUGACUAACCACAGGAGUUUGGAAAGCCUUGCACUUUCUCUUCAGCCCACCACAGCACAGGAGCAGCCAGGGUCAUCCAGACAGACCACAGUGGAGACACAGUAAGGCCACCAACACACACUCAAAAAUCCAAAGGUCCCAAUAACAGAGUAACAAAGUUGUAACUAUAAGGGCAGACAGGUAGACAGGGACAAGGAUGAGAAAUUUUCUGAAUUGCAGUCAAGAUGUUACAGAGUGAACAUGCAACAUGACAAGGGGCUGCUUUUCCUGUGACAAAAAGUUAGAGCAAGAAGUUAAGUAAUUAAUUGGGCAGUGAUUGGUUAGCAUCUCAAAGAAAGUUGGGAGUUUAAUUCUCUAGACUUAGGGGGAUUAACAGAAUACAAAGAACAAAUUAGAAAAAAUUGAGCUAAAAUGCUGUAAAUUAGGAGGCCUGAUAAAGGUGGAUGGCCUAUGAAAGCAGAAAGAUGAGAGGUAGAACAUUUAUAUUGAUCACAGAAUAAUACAUCUCUACAAAACGGAUAUUCUGUCUCUUAUCACAGAAGAAUAUGGGUGAACACACUCUAAAACAUGAUAUAGCUUGCAGUAUAAUGUGA